GUGCAUCAGUGCAUCUGCUAAUUUGAGAAAGGAAGCUUUGGGUGUGAUCGGCCAUGGCGUUUCAGAGAAAUCUACCGAGUCGAAGCCUCCAAGCUGCAAAGGCCAAGUGGUUAUAUAAUCUGUCGCUGCGUAGCUUUUCGUCGUCGCCGGUGGCCGGAGCGACUUCCGCCCCGCCUGAGCUGCCUCGGUUUGAUUACCAGCCGAAGCCGUACAAAGGACCAUUAGCGGACGAGGUCCUUGCCAAGCGCAAAAAUUAUUUAGGUCCUUCUCUCUUCUAUUACUACGAAAAACCUCUCAAUAUUGUGGAAGGGAAGAUGCAAUAUUUAUUUGAUGACACUGGAAAGCGCUAUCUGGAUGCAUUUGCCGGAGUAGUUACCGUGUCUUGUGGUCAUUGUCAUCCUGCAGUUUUGGAUGCUAUAAUGGAGCAAAGCAAGCUUCUUCAACAUGCUACAACCAUAUACCUCCACCAUGCAAUAGCUGAUUACGCAGAGGCAUUAGCAUCUAAGAUGCCCAGAAACCUCAAGGUUGUAUACUUUGUAAAUUCCGGAACUGAAGCAAAUGAAUUAGCAAUGCUGAUGGCAAGGUUACAAAGUGGCAACCUCAAUAUGAUAGCAUUGAGAAACUCAUAUCAUGGGGGAAGUUCUAAUACACUUGGACUUACGGCUCUUAGCACUUGGAAGUACCCAAUACCCCAGGGUGAAAUUCAUCAUGUUUUAAAUCCUAAUCCAUAUCGCGGUGUCUUUGGCUCUGACGCCAGCCGUUACGCAAGUGAUGUACAAGAUCACAUUGAUCAUGGUACUUCCGGAAAAGUUGCUGGUUUUAUUGCUGAAACCAUUCAGGGAGCUGGUGGUGCAGUUGAAUUAGCCCCUGGAUACUUGAAACUGGUCUAUGAAAUUGUGAGGAAAGCUGGUGGUGUCUGCAUUGCCGACGAAGUGCAAACUGGAUUUGGUCGGACAGGAAGCCAUUACUGGGGUUUUGAAACACAGGGUGUCAUUCCUGAUAUAGUUACCAUGGCAAAGUGUGGGCAAUGCUGUAGCCUACACAAUAAAUUUGCAGAGUUAAUAGCUAUUCCUACCACUAAGCUAAUAAGUGUUCCUGAUGAUCCAUUAGCUGCAAUAGGCGAUGACAUAGAACAAGAUAGAGGAUAUAGAGUAGAAGAUAAAGGAGGUAGGGGAGCUGGCUUGAAGGUGAGGACGGAGAAGCCAUUGGCCUUACCGGAUGAGGAAGAAGGCGAUGACAUAGAACAAGAUAGAGGAUAUAGAGUAGAAGAUAAAGGAGGUAGGGGAGCUGGCUUGAAGGUGAGGACGGAGAAGCCAUUGGCCUUACCGGAUGAGGAAGAAAAUGAGAAUUUUCAGGGUAUAGGGAAUGGUUUACCAUUAGGAGCUGUUGUGACAACACCAGAAAUAGCAAGUGUAAUGGCUCAGAAGAUACAGUUUAACACCUUUGGCGGGAACCCAGUAUGCUCUGCUGGUGGCCUUGAAGUACUCAGAGUUCUUGAUAACGAGAAACGUCAAAAGCAUUGUGCUGAGGUUGGAUCCCACUUGAUUGGGCGUUUGAGGGAGCUUCAGCAAAGACAUGAAAUAAUUGGAGACGUGAGAGGCAGGGGCUUAAUGGUGGGAAUAGAAUUUGUGACUGACAGGAAAGAGAAGACACCUGCCAAGGCAGAAACAGCAGUUUUGCUUGAAAAACUUAGAGAACUAGGUGUUCUAGUUGGGAAGGGUGGAUUACAUGCAAAUGUCUUCAGAAUAAAGCCUCCUAUGUGUUUCACCAAAGAUGAUGCAGAUUUCCUGGUUGAUGCUUUGGACUAUGCUGUAUCCAAGUUGUGAGAGUCUAUCAUUGGCUAUUUUAGAAGGAAAUCUGUGGACACGAGCUCGCUGCAAUAUUUGAGAAACACUAAUGUGUUCUGUGCUCUUCUAAAUGGAUGGAAAAUUUUCCAAUUAUGAAUAAAAAUAGCUAUGUUGUGAAAUUGAAAAUACUCAUCAGAUGAUCAAUACAAGCUGAUAAAAGUAUAUAUGGAAUGCGUUUAACG